AUGCAGUUACUUUCAUACCAAAACAAUUUCCCGCAUCCGGCAACUGGUUCCAAGCUUUUAUCUGCUCAAGCAAGAAAUUUACUAGGGAAGAAGAUUCCACAAGUAUUGGUUGACUUUUCUGCUGGGUCUCAAUACAAUUUAUUUGGUGAUUAUGCCAUGCCAAGUGAUUUGGCACCAUCGAUUGUGUUUACCGUUUUGUACACAUUAGUUGCACUCGGGCACAUUACAAUAUUUGGUAUUAAUUUUUCACGUGGACAUUAUUUUUGGCCCGGUAUUGGAUUCAUCUUCUAUUCCAUUUGCCGUGUUAUUGGAUUCGGUCUUCGUAUACAAUGGACUCAUGAUAUCACUCAAACCCCUGUUGGUAUAUCAAGUGAAGUGUUUUUGAUUUUACCACAGGUUUUGUUAACCAGUUUCAAUUUGAUUUUGGCACAACGAAUAUUCACAUGGAGACAUCCGGUUGGUGGAUCAAGAAAAUUGUUCUGGGGAUUCAUGCUUGCUUUGUAUGCUGUUGUUGCUGGGGUUAUUGCCAUGACAAUUGUUGCCGCUGCUGGGUUGCAAAUUUAUUUAUUGGGAGAGCCAAAUUAUCGUCGAUAUGUCAAGGUUAUCCAAGCCUCGUCCAUAUUGAUCAUUCUUUAUUCAUUGACCUCCAUCUCUUUGAUUGGAUUGGCAUUCUUCUUCAAGCCAACCAGGAAAGAUGAGAAUUUGUAUACAUAUCAGCCAUGGUGGAUCAAAUCGUUUAGCCCACUUUAUUUCGUCAAAAAAGGUGAGCCACAAGAAGCAGGAGCGAGUUUCUUGAAAAGAAACCACAACCAUCGUUAUGCUAUUCGAGUUAUUGCUGCUACACAUCAUCAUUACAAAACGGUCAAGGGUUUGAGUAACGAACGUGGUGAUUUGGCACAGAACGUGUCCAUGAUGAUUCUUGCAGUGACAACAUUAAUUAUCUUUUUGUCCUCUGUAUUGAGAGCAGUUGUUUGUUUCCAAGCACGGAGCAAGUACGAUCGCUCAGCGGUUGGUUCACCAGCAAUGAUGUAUGUAUUUUGGGGAGGCUUGGAAGUUUUUGUCAAUUUGUUGUACUUGGUUGGAAGAGUAGAUUUGAGAUUCUACAGGCCAGAUAGAUUGCCGAAAUCAGUGAGACAGAUAGUGACUGCUGAACAAUCCUUAUACCCAUCAGAGAUUGAAAGCGAUGAAGAAGCCAAUUCAUACGGAGAAGGAAAAGAAGAAUCGCAUGAUGGAUCCUCGGUUGGUGAUAACGAUCAUGAAGGAGGUUUGGAUGACUUUGAUUUUGGAGGCACUGGUCCAAACUCAUUUAAAUUUGACGAUGAUGAUGAUGAUGAUUCUGAAGGUUUUGACUUUACUGGAAAUCAUAAUCAAAAGAGCCAUGACGUGAAGACGACUGUCCCAUACCCAUACCAUGAUAAACUGGAUGUUGAAUCUGAAUUCCAUUUCUGA